CCUAACAAGCUCCUGAAAAUAUUGUCUUUGCCUUUAAAAUAAAAUCCCUCGCACACACAGGAGGGACUACAGCUCUAGGCAAAAACUCUUGCUCAAAAGGUAGAAACCCUGAGUGGACUUUGUGGAAAGGAUUUCCAAAGAACCUACUUCCAACCGUGUGCCAUUUACAAUGCUCUUCUUUACACUGGGAAGAAUGAAGAAUACUUGUCUCUUUUACAGAAUGUGUGACAAGCUGUAGAACCAAAUAUGCUGGGAUAAACUAUCUUCACGUCAAGCCGAAGUCACCCGCAGCCUUGCCGGCGACAGAUAUUCCUUUCAAAAAGUACAGUAACUGACAAAAUGCCAUUCUUUGGCUGGAUGAAAUGGCCAAAAAAUUAUUCCUAUAAAACUGGGCAAUACCCUGGCUCAGAGGUUGUGACCAAGACACUUCUGAGGGAACUGAAAUGGCAUUUGAAAGAACGUGAGCGACUGAUACAGGAGAUAGAAAAUGAACAAAAAGUUCAGAAGACUGGUGUGGAUUACAACUGGCUGAAGAGCUACCAAAGUCCUCAGAUAACUAUCCCAGCCACAGAACAAAGACAGCUUGAAGUUCUCUGCUCCCAAAUUCAACCAUGUCAAACUGGAAUCAUUCUCAGCAGGUUUCGAGAGGUUUUGGCAGAAAAUGAUGUUUUACCGUGGGAAAUUGUUUACAUCUUCAAGCAAGUUUUAAAAGAGUUCCUAACCAAUCUCGAGAAAGAAGCUCAACAGGACCAACUGGGUGACAUAUGGAAUACAAAUUGUUCCGUACACUUUGUGGCACCUGGAGACAACUCUGGCAAAACGGACAAAGAGGAGAUCCCAACAGUAUCCAGCUACGUUGACAAAAAUACACAGGGCAUGUUUCCAACGUUCUCCCAUAGAAUCUGGAAUCUUCCCUACUAUUACCCAUCAAGCUAAGUUUUUCCUCUUCCCUAAAAUGCAUUCAGGUUCCCUUGGCUACCUUCCACCUUCCUGUGAAGAUUCAAAGCUCCAAAGAAACAUACAUUUUUGCCUUCCCCUUCCCCUUUAUUCCCAAUUCUGAAUUUUAAACAGAUUAUAGUUUGCAUAUAAAUUUAUAGUACUUAGGUCAUUAGCUCUUUCUACUAUUCCAGUAGCAUAUGUUGUAUAAAAGAACCUUCUAACCAAAAACAUUCUCUUGUGAACCCUUUUUAAAUCAAAUAUUUAAAAUAUGUUGCUUAUAUUGUACCUAUAAGCAUGCAGAGUUACAAAUUCAAGUUUUCAAUAUUUUAAACUACAAUCACUGUGAAAAGCAACGGCUUUGCGGGGAGAGGGGGAGUGUUCUAUGAUCUGCAUAAAUGCAAUCUUUUCUAAAGUAAGUCAUUAAGUAUUUGAACUGGAGAUUUAG